AUGACUGAGGGGGAGGGUGGGAGGAGGAGCUGUCAAUUCCUCAUCGUCACCCUGCCUCAUUACACCCUGGCCCAACUUCCGAAGGCCAGCUGUGCUGAGCGCAAUGGAUGCGUGGGCAUCUGCGGGCUUGAACCCCUGGGUACUGACAAGGUGGGACCCUCAGGACAGCCGGAGGACUCGCUGCGCUGCCCACUAACCACACAGCUUGAGCGCCAGAGCCCAUGCCGGACAGAUCCAGGCAGGCUGGACCAAGUGACGGAGCUUGGAAUCUCGCGCGCCUUCCCCGCCCCCAUCGCCUACGACUUUGCGGUGGGGUGGGGGGCGGUGUGGUGGUCCCAGAAACGAAAGUUCGCGACGCCCGGGUCGCCGGUCCGUGUUUGCUCUGCUCUAAGCAGCGUGAAUGCGUUUGGAAAAAGGGAGAUGGCAGAUGGCUGUUGA